UCCCCACUCAGUUGUUCAGUCAGCCAUUCCCAGGCAAACAAAUUCAAAUCGGCAGAGUCGUUACUGGGAGAGCUGGGUACGUUUGCUUUUGCAUUGGCAUCGUGCAAACAAGGAUUUGACAAUGGCAUUGAGAAAUCGCACUGCAAUUACGAAUAUCGUAAACCAAGAAAAUGUUAAGAAUGUUAAGUCAACGACGACAGUGACAGCGCAAACGAGGCGAGCGGCAUUGGGUGAAAUCGGGAAUCGUGUGACUGUACGAAGUGGGAUAGCGUCAAAAGCUGGUGUACCUCAGAAAGCAGGAAUAAAGAAACCCGUAGUAACAACUCGUCAGGCUGCUGCUGUUAAACCAGUAGUCAAAGCCCAGGAGAAGCUCCCGGUCCAAAUAGUAAAGCCCGUUGUUAAAGAAGUCGAAGAAAUAAAAGAAAGUGCAUCGGUACUGGAGAUCAAAGUUGACAAACCAGUCCAGCCGAUUGUAAUUGAGGAUUACAAAAGUACAACGACAUCGUCAACUAAUUGCGAUGCAUUUUCCUCAGAUUUACUUCAGGUUGAGGAUAUCGAUGAAGCGGACAAGAACAAUCCGAUUCUAGUCACCAUCUACAGCAAUGAUAUCUAUUGUUAUCUGAGGAAGUUGGAGGCGCAGUAUCCGAUCCAUCGGGGAUAUUUGGCCGGCCAGGAAGUCACUGAGAAAAUGAGAAGUGUUUUGAUUGAUUGGUUGGUUGAAGUACAUCAGCAAUUUCGUUUACUUCAAGAGACUCUUUAUCUUACUGUUGCAAUUAUUGAUCGUUUCUUACAGUCAGUUAGAACGAUAACUAGAAAGAAAUUACAACUUGUUGGGGUAGCUGCAAUGUACAUUGCGUGCAAAUACGAGGAGAUGUAUGCUCCAGACAUAAGUGACUUUGUCUACAUCACGGACAAUGCCUACACAAAAACCGAAAUAAUUCAUAUGGAGAUGUUGAUUGUACGAACGCUGGACUACUCAUUUGGUAGGCCGUUGCCGCUUCAUUUCUUACGGAGAUACAGCAAAGUUGGACACGCAACUUCAAUCCAUCAUACAAUGGCUAAAUAUUUUUUGGAGCAGUGCUUAAUUUCAUACAACAUGUGUCACUAUCCGCCGAGUUUGAUUGCCGCAGCCGCAAUGUACCUGGCAUUCUUCGUUAUCGGGAAUGAUUCUGAAGACGAGGGCAAAGUUAUUUGGACACCAACUCUUGCGCACUACAGCACCUACACAAAAGAUGAUAUUUUCCCGAUAGUACGUGAAAUCGCCGGGAUAAUCGUUAACGCUGACAAGGACAAGUACCAGGCUGUGAGAAAGAAGUACAAUCACUCGAAGAACAUGAGAAUAAGCAUGCGUCCAGAGCUCAAGUCCCCCAGCAUGCUAAAUUUGGUCAAUUCUAAAAAUUUAAAUAAUCUUUAGAACUUUUUAUAUUUUAAAUCUCAUCUUUUCUUAUCACUAUUAUUAUAUUAAUAAUUAAUAAUUAAUCUAGACCUUUUUAUCGAGCAUCUGAGAAUUUAUUUAGCAAUUCAUUUAUUUAUAUAUAAUUAUACUUGUGAUUUUUUGAGCUAAGUACUGAAGCUCAGGUUUAAAAUUUUAUUAAAUCAUCUAUGAAUUGCUUUGAUAAUUAAUUUAUUAAUUAGUGAUUAAAAUAAUAAUUAUUAAUCAUUAAUUAUUAUUAUUAAUAUUAUAAAAUUUUUAAUUCUCAGAUGACUAAUAGCCUGAAGUAAAUAAUAAAAUAUUUAGAUUAAUUUUAUAAAUGAUAAAUUUUAAUUUUUCGAGUAUGACAUUUAAUGUUAUGAGUGAAUUUAAGUCAAUGACACGUCAUUAAGUUACUGAACGUUUUAUUAAUUUUUUUUUUUUUUAACUGAAUGCUACACCUAGGACUAAAUCUUUCAAUGAUGCGCACACCGCGAUCUGCCAAUUUUUUUUUUUAUUCAACGAAUUUUUAAAAAAAUAUUUUCUUUUACCUGCAAGAUUAAAUAAUUAUUAAAAAAAAAAAAAGUACUGCCAUAUUUAUUUUUUUUCUGAGUCAUUUUUUUGACUCAUUAAAAAAAUAUAAUAAUUACGUACCGGUUCUCGUGCAUUUACUAGUAUAUAUUUAAAAAUAUAAUAACUUUUAUAAGCAUAUUUUUUAUCCUGAUUUGAAAUAAAAUAAAAUAAUAAGUAAGUAAAUAAAUAAAUAAAUAAAUUUGAGAACUGGGAUUUUAAAAUAAGCUUAUACUUAUUAUUAUAUAUAUACAUACUUAUUGAUUACUAUACUAUUAUAUUUCUGAAGAUUCUUAUAUUAUUAAUCUUUACUUUUUUUUUAGAUGACUUAAUUAAUUUUCCGUAAUUUAAGACUAUUGCUUGAUACACUUCAUAUAUUUCUAUAUUAAUCAAUUUCUACUUAAUAUUUAAUUACAUAUUUUCAAAAUCUUUAAGCAUAAAUCAAUAGCAUGGAGACCAAUUUAAAAUGAAUGAUUGCACGUUUCACUUGUAUAUAAACAUAUAUUUUUUAUAAAUCUACACUGAUUUCACGUACGAAAAUUUGAAAUAAAUAAAUAGAACUUGAAUGUUUAAUUACCCGCUAGUAAGCCUCAUAAUUAAAAAAAUCGACUAAUAUGAAUGAUAUAAAUUUAUAUGGCUGGCAAUGUAAUGUAAUAUAUUAACUAUUAAAUAUAUAAUAAAUAAAUAAAAAAAAAUAA